AUGAUAUCCCCGAAAGUCCAACGGCUUUGCGCCUCCGAAUCUUCAGUCACAUCGCUGAUGAACGAGGAUCCGGACCUAACCCCCUCGAAAGCCUAUGAAAAAGUCGCUCCUCAUAAAAUGCCAGUAAUCUUAAGUGCAUUCGCGCAAAAACAUUCGGCAAAAUCUAACGAAGAUGACUAUGCGAAUGUGUUGGAAGAAGAUAUCGAGGCUGCAAAGAGUUGUGGGAACUUUGAAGGGACGGAGCCUAGCAAGCUCUUUUUAAAAAUAUUCUACCAUGUCCUCCGUACCUUGGAAAACGACCCGCAGGCUGGAGUUGUGUCGCCUAAUCUGCUGGGUAGCACGGGAGUUAUACCUCUAACUAUCAUGUCAAUAAUCCCAGAUAUAAUGCGCCACUACGCAAACCUUAUCGUCAAAGCCGAAUCAUCCAUAAUCCUAGCCACAAACUUCUGGGCAGCUUCUCAUGCCUCUCAUAUUAUCACCGAUGCUCUCAGGGAGCUUUCAAGGCGGAGAUUAGAAGCAGAUCUCCCUACAGUUGAUGUGAAAAUUCUAUACGACAGAGGGAAUUUGAAGCAGCUGUUCAAACACCAUCUGAACGGGAAGGAGAAAGAAUUCAAUAGUGAGAAAGUUCAGAUCCCGAAGCCGGAAGAAGUACAAGGGAUUACGUUGCAAGUUUUGAAUUUUCAUAUCCCGCCCGUUGGGACAUUUCAUGCGAAAUGGAUGGUUGUUGAUGGGAAGAUUGCGGUUUUGAAUAGUAAUAAUAUUCAGGAUGUUGCAAAUUUGGAAAUGAUGUGUCAUUAUGAGGGUGCCAUAGUCGAUUCCUUUUAUGAUUCUGCUAUGAUCUCCUGGCAUAAUGCACUCAGACCAUCACUCGGUGUUCAUAGAUUCUUCGACGAGGAUGUGACAAGACAAAAUUUUGGGUUCUCGGAUUUUCACACUAUUGCGAAAACGAUCGGAGACGACGUAAACCGGCGGACGAAAGAGUUCCGGACUAAAUAUCUCAAAGAACACGAGAAUUGUGAAAGCGAGUAUCUAGGAAGAGAUGGAAGAGAUAUGGUACCGUUUGCCGCCCAACUGGGAGCUGCCCAUAAUAGAAAAGCCCAUGAGCAUGCAGAUAACGAAAACCUACCCAAUAGCUUAUCAAGCAAUGAGCACAAUCGUGGGCCCCUGGGUACAGGCGGGUCACCAGUCCCAAAUCACACUCAACGGGGACAAAUGGUUGAUACUGAAAUACCACUACUAAAAGAUCGAACGGCCUCAAACACAAGUCAUAUUGGGAGAACAAUUGCAACCGAAGAGGACCAAGACGAAGCUGCAAGAGUACUAAACCAAGCAGCUGAAGAUGUUACCGUAGGGGAGGAACAGCAUCUUGCUUCUGCCGCUGAUGCCUCGAGAAUUGAAUACGAUAGUACCCUGUCAGCAGAAGCAGAACGAGUGCAAGGGUUCCUUGGGACACUAGAAGGUCUGACAAAACAUUUAAAUACCACAAUCCAACCAAACACCCAAGGGACAUUAAGAUGUUCCGACAGAGAAGCUCAUCUCGAAGAUUUCAACCCUUAUAUUCUUCACCCACGCCACAAGCCAUUUCCUAUCGCGAUGGUGAACAGGCGGCCUUUUGGCGCUCCGGGUCAUCAAUCGGUCAGAGUCCCGCAGAAUGAAGCUUGGAUAGCUGCCACCCGUUUGGCCGAAACACAAGUAUUCAUCCAAACUCCGGACCUAAAUGCAUCCCCCUUAGUCGAGGAGAUCCGAGACGCAGUGAAGAGGGGCAUUGAGGUUGUCCUAUACAUAACUUUAGGUUAUAACGACGCUGGCGAACUCUUGCCUUUUCAAAACGGCACUAAUGAGCAAAUAGUUUGUUCGCUGUUUAAUUCCCUAUCAUCGGAUGAGGAGAAAGAAAGAUUGAAGGUAUAUUGGUAUACUGCCAAAGAUAUGCGGUUCCCAAUUCAUGCAAAAACAAAACAGAGGACAUCGCAUAUAAAACUCAUGGUAGUCGACGGCCACAUUGGCAUCCAAGGUAGUGGGAACCAAGAUACACAAAGUUGGUAUCACAGCCAGGAAACAAAUGUAAUGAUUGACAGCGAGGAAGUUGUCCAGGAAUGGCUGUGGGGUAUUCGAUCAAACCAAAACACUCAUAUUUGGGGAAGAGUUGACAAUGAUGGUGUUUGGAGAGCAAAGGAAGAAAGAGACGACGUAGAAGAUAGUGAUAUCUCCGGUGAUCAAAUUCCUGGAGCUUUAGGAGGGGCAAAAAUAAAGUUCGGCUGGAUGAAAGGUAUUAAGGGCGCUAUUGAGCGGGUCCAAGGCGCAGGCGGUUUCUAA